AUGGCCGACAAGUUUGUAACUGCCCAUGCCGGGGUUAAAAACGCAGAUGCGAGGGUGAAUGACAUUUUUGCCAUUAAACAGUCACCCAGUGAAGGGCUAAGAGAUUUCCUCGCCCGAUUCAACCGUGUGAGGAUGACCUUACCAAAUGUAUCAGAGGGAAUGGCAGUAGCAGCUUUCCAGAACGGCUUAAACAGGAAGGGUUCGAGGGCGACCAGAAAAUUUCUAAGCCCACUCAUGAAGUAUCUCCAACCACUUGGGACGAGAUACACAAUGCCUACUGCGCCGAAAAAUAGUCUACGCCCUGGAGAAGCUCAGCCCAAAAGUGAAAUGGCUGCAGAAGAUAAAGUCCGACCCAAACAUCAGAAAGUCAAACGCCCUCUGCGAAUUUCAUCAGGAAUGGGUCCACAAAAUCGAGGACUGCAUCGCUCUCAGGAAAGAGGUCGUGAACAUGCUUCACCAAGGACAUUUGAAAGAACUUCUAAGCGAUCGAGGAAGGGCAAACUUUGCUCUAGGAUGCGAACAGCAUCAGGGUCCACCAAAACCACCCUCCCCAACUCGAACCAUCCAAAUGAUCAUCGGAGGAGGCGACAACGCGUCAAUCAAAAACGUAAAAUUUAUGACCACCACAAGUUGAAACGGUCAAUCACUCAUGAAUGGUGUGAUGAACUCGAAGAUAGUAUCAUCUUCGAUAAGUCGGAUACCCACGAUUUGGUCCUUCCUCAUUAUGACGCCCUUGUUAUUACUUUACACAUCUUAGAUACUGACGUAAAACAUAUUAUGGUCGAUGAUGGGAGCGGUGCGUGCAUUGUCAACCCUCGAGUUCUCGCACAAAUGAAGCUCGAGGAUUGGAUAGUGCCACGCUGCAUCACACUAACGGGUUUUAAAAAUGCAAUAAAGCGGACAUCUCAAGAAAUCACGCUAGCCGUCCUGGACGGCAGCGUCACCUUGGAGACCACGCUCCACAUCAUGGACCAGGAUAUGGCGUACAACGCCAUCAUAGGUCGCCCCUGGAUACACACCAUGAAAGCCGUCCCCUCCAUCCUAUAUCAAGUCAUCAAAUUUCCCACUCCUUGGGGAGUAUUCAGCAUCCGAGGAGAGCAACACACUGCCCGAGAAUGCUAUCGCAUCGCCCAAGACUGCACAUACACCCAACAAUUGAAAGGCAAAGCCGAGUCCGCAUAG